GUGCUGAUAUCAAUGAACGCACCAGUCAGUUCAACUUCGCCUCACUCGACAGACUUGCUGAGGCCACACGCUAUGCAUCAAAGGUGUCGGUCAUCACGCACACGCGUGCACUCAUGCAUCCAUCCAUCCAGGCACUGGAGGUCGAUCCAUCAAUCAAUACACGACGAAGACCUCCACCUCAUCAGCUUUGAAUGAACCACCUCAUCAGUCUGAGCAUUGAAGCCGCCGUCACCAGUCACCACAAGGCAGCGUCAUACACAGUCACUCACCCCUUAGCAUUCACUACUCCUCCUCCUCCUCUCUGUGUCGCUUCUUCUUUUUCUUCUUCUGCCUCCUGCCCUCUCCCUCACCCUCACCAACCGCAGCAGCAGCAGCAGCGGCUGCUGCCUGCCGCCCUUCCGCCGCCUGUUCGGCAGCUGCCUCGCUCUCCAUGUGCUUCUUUCUCUUUUUCUUUCUUUUGUCCUGGAUGCGUUGGCCGGCCUCCUCGGCUGCCUCGUCGGCCGCCUUCCUCUUCCUCUUUGCCGGCUCCUGCUCCUCCUCACCUGCCGUGACGGCCGCCGCCGCAGCGGCGGCGGCGGCUGCCGGCUUUGGCCUGGGUCCCUUGACCCAGGUCAUAGUGGGCUCCUCGACGCCCAAGGGCAGCGGCUUGGUCCACUUGCCGAAGGUGUACUGGCGUUCGUCGUAGAUGCUGCCGACAUACGACAUGUCGCUCUUGGGUGCGCGUGCCAUGAUGUCUCCCACAGCGUCAGCGAGGUACUGUGUGGACAUGAGGGUGCGGCUGAGGGGGGCGUUGGCCCAGUCCAUCGUGGCCGUCGUCUUGUCCAUCGUGUAGUGCCCCAAAGCACGGUCCACCUCCUGCAUCGCCAUCAGCCCGCUCUCCGGCUCCACCUUCACCACACCCUGGAACCGCAAACCUGACAGACACCAGACACCAUACGCAGAGAGAACACAUCGCUCGCUGCCUUUGGUGUGCGUGCGUGUUCCCUUUUGCCCUUUGGUGUGUGUGCGUACCGACGGGCCGUGAUCGAUAGGGUGUGGAUGCCAGCUCGAGGAUGCCCAUCUCGGCACACAUGUUCUUGUCGUAAGCCCGCUUGAGCACCGCCACGCAGGGCCUGUCGGUCUUGACCGCCUGGUUCUCCUCGUCCGUCCCCCCAAGGCGCAUCCAGGCCGUGUCGUAGGACCGGUAGAGCGGCGACCUGCCCGCCCUGUGGUUGAGGAUGAAGUCCUCGACCUGCGGCCGGAGGUGCUCGAAGAGCGCCCUGCGGCCUCCCCUGAUCUUGAGGUUGCUGGGCACGUCGAUGAAGACCACAUCGCCGUCGAACGGCAGCUGGGCUCUCGGAAGAGGCAGCGUGCCGUCGCCCCUGAUGGUGGCUGGGCGUGUCGCCUGGGAUGGGUGCUGCUUGUAGCCCACGAAGAUGCUGGGUCGCGAGUAGAGGGCCUGGAUGGGGGGAGGAUGGUGGUUGACGUCCACCAGAGUGUCCGCCCAUACGUAGGGAUUCAUCCGCAGCUUCUUGACCUUCUCCUUCCUCACCACCUUCCUCACCCGCCCCUCCGUCGCUGCUUCAUCUCUGCCCUCGCCGGGUGGUGCCUUCUGUUUCUUCUUCUUCUUCUUGGUCUUCUUGACGCCCGCUGCUGGUGCUGCUGCUGCCUCAGCUACAUCUUGCGCUUCCUCCUGGGCCGCCGACGCAGCCGCGCUUUGUUGCUUCCGCUGCUUUUUCUUCUUUUUCUUGACAGAUCCGGGCUCGAGGGGCUCAGCUGUAUCCAUUGGGAUGGAGUGCAACGGGAGAUCAGACGGGGAGAUCACUCCGCACGCGGACUGCUGCGAGCAACUGGAGCUGAGCUUGUCCUGAUACGCA